UGCGACCAAUACCACCAAAGGCUGUGCCUCGUUAAAGGACAGUUUGGUGGACAUGGACCACGGAAUUUCGGUUACAUCCAGAGAGGACGAGACGCUAGGUGGAGCCACAGAUAGGUUAAACAUUCGUGACACGAUGGAAUAUCCCGAGAACGUGGCUUUGCGGCGACCGUUCGAUCCUGCGGCACAUGAACUGGAUCCUAGUUUCCGACUUACAAAAUUUGCUGACCUAAAGGGAUGAGGGUGUAAAGUCCCUCAAGAAGCCCUAGAGCGGCUUCUCGAGGGACUACAACAGGACAGCAAUGCCCAGGUCGCGGACCAGUCGCAAUUUCAAUAUCUUGCGGCCGCCCCACGAAUAGGCAUUGGGAUGGAUGCCUCUGUCACACCACUGCGACAUGGAGGACUUUCUCUUGUCCAGACAACAGAUUUCUUUUAUCCUCUUGUUGAUGACCCAUAUAUGCAGGGCAAGAUUGCUUGUGCUAAUGUACUGAGUGAUUUGUAUGCAAUGGGAGUUACAGACUGUGACAACAUGCUGAUGUUACUAGCGGUCAGCAACAAAAUGACAGAAAAAGAGCGUGAUGUUGUCAUUCCAAUGAUGAUGAGAGGAUUUAAGGAUUUAGCAGAGGAGGCUGGUAGUGGAGUAACUGGUGGCCAAACAGUGCUGAACCCAUGGUGUACCAUUGGUGGGGUAGCAACCUCUGUCUGCCAACCCAACGAGUUCAUCACGCCAGACAAUGCUUUAGUGGGUGAUGUCUUAGUGCUAACCAAACCACUAGGAACACAGGUGGCCGUAAAUGCUUAUCAGUGGCUGGACCAGCCAGAGAGGUGGAACCGUGUCAAACUGGUGGUGACGGAGGAUGAUGUGAGAAAGGCUUAUCAACGGGCUAUGUUCAGUAUGGCCAGACUUAACCGUACAGCUGCACGUUUGAUGGCCAAAUAUAAUGCCCAUGGUGCUACAGAUGUAACAGGAUUUGGUCUGCUUGGUCAUGCAAAGAACCUUGCAAAAGUACAGAAGAAUGAAGUCAGCUUUGUCAUACACAAUUUGCCCAUCAUUGCUAAAAUGGCUGCUAUUAGCAAAGCCUGUGGAAAUAUGUUCGGUCUACUACAAGGUCUCUCUGCAGAAACAUCUGGUGGUCUAUUGAUGGCAUUACCAAGAGAGCAGGCUGCAGCAUUCUGUAAGGACAUCGAGAAACAGGAAGGAUACCAGUCCUGGAUUAUAGGAAUCGUAGAAAAGGGCAAUCGUACAGCUAGGAUAAUUGACAAACCACGAGUGAUAGAAGUACCAGCCAAAGAUCGGGAUGGAGAAUUGUGGUAGCAUUAGGGAUUGGGAAAAAAAAAGACUUUAAUUUAGAUCUCCUCCAAAUCUUUUAGGAAGGAAAUUACUGCAAUUUUGACAUUUGUCAACUGAAGGACAUUCCAAGUUGUUAAAAUUUUCUUCCAUUUUGUUAUUGCCUCAUCUACAAGGUUUUUAAUGAAAAGUUAUUGAUAAAUCCUUUCAUUUGAAACUGGUUUUAAGAUCAUGUUCAAGUGAUUUUCAAGAGUUCAGACAUUCAUCACAUGCGGAAGUGACUUAGGUUAGAAUCUUUUGCAAAAAAGUAUGGAUAAAAUUUAGCAUCAGUGUAGAGAAGUUUGAAUAUUGGCUAGAUUUGAUCAAUUAGAUGCAUCGUUGUUCUUGUCUUUUGCUAUGUAUAUUACCAUUGCUUCUUUUCAAGGAACACUGCUAACUUGUGACCUGCUAGUUUACAUGUAUGAAGCUGCCCUGAAGAACCAUAGUAUUUUGGGUUGGGGCAGCUGAUGAAUUUGUAGACUCAUAGGUGCCAAGUUACCAUGACCUGUUGAGCCAUUGUCAUACCGUUUAAAAAACGAUAUUGAGGAUGACGAUGGCUUCAAUGACCAAACUCAUUGUAUAGUUUUCAUCAUCUUUGUGUCAAAAGUAAAAUUCAUUUAUCAUGUCAUCAAAUUUAUGAAGAAUAAAUUAACUUCAAGUAUUA